UGUAUCAUGCCAUGGAGUUCUGGGCUUUGACACAGCAUCAGUGCCAGCUGUAAUGUAUAGCACUUGACGAUGAUACCAAGUAGAAAGAGGGAAGAUUCACUCAGAGUAGGGGUGAUCUGAGGGAUAUUUAAGCACUGCUGUUGGCUGAUACAGAAGGAGGGAACCUGCAGCUUCUAUAGCUGGCUUUAUUAGAGACAAAGACAAAGACAGUAUCUGCUGCAGCUGGAGAGGGGCAAGAAACUACCAGCAGAGAGAGGUAGAAGUCUCUCUAAUAGAUUCCCUUGCUUAUCCCUGUUCCCACAUGCACUGCACAGCACUAAAACUUCCUCUGACCAAAACUUUGUUUCCUGGACUUUUACCAGAAAGCAGAAACAUGGAGAGUUUUUUUACAUUUCUGUUGGAGACAGAAAAUUUCUCCUUUUAAUCCUGAACUUUAUUUACAGAUUAGAAACUCCAAUAUUCUUCAAUAUUAUUUUCACUAGUGAGAGGAAAAAAAAAAAAAAAAUGGAUGCAUUCAGAGCACUUGGAAAUGAGUCGCUGUUGUCCGGUUUCUCUGGUCCUGGCAGAUGGGAUCCCUUUCGUCGUCCCUUGGAUUCCAUCCAGCCCUGGCACUUCAGGCUUCUGGCAGCAGUAAUGCUGGUGGUGACCUCCCUGUCGCUUGCUGAGAACCUGGCUGUGAUCCUGGUAACUUUUAAGUUCAAGCAGUUGAGACAACCUGUCAAUUAUGUUAUAGUCAAUUUAUCCGUGGCUGAUUUUCUGGUCUCAUUGACUGGUGGCACCAUCAGCUUUUUAGCCAAUCUAAAAGGUUAUUUUUAUAUGGGGUACUGGGCUUGUGUACUGGAAGGAUUUGCUGUCACAUUUUUUGGUAUUGUUGCUCUCUGGUCUCUCGCGCUUUUGGCUUUUGAGCGGUACAUAGUGAUCUGCCGCCCACUGGGAAAUAUGCGCUUGAAGGGGAAGCAUGCUGCCUUAGGUAUUGCCUUUGUGUGGACCUUUUCCUUCCUUUGGACCAUCCCACCAACUAUGGGUUGGAGCAGCUACACUACCAGUAAGAUUGGAACUACUUGCGAGCCUAACUGGUAUUCAGGAGCUUAUACUGAUCAUACCUACAUUAUUGCAUUUUUCACCACCUGUUUUAUAGUGCCUUUAUUGGUAAUUUUGGUAUCCUAUGGAAAACUGAUGCAGAAGCUAAGAAAGGUGUCAGAUACUCAAUGCAGGCUGGGAACUACCAGGAAACCUGAAAGACAAGUGACUAGAAUGGUUGUUGUUAUGAUCAUUGCAUUUCUAAUCUGCUGGAUGCCAUAUGCUGCCUUUUCUAUCCUAGUCACUGCAUAUCCUUCUAUUGAAUUGGAUCCUCGUCUGGCAGCAAUUCCAGCUUUCUUUUCCAAAACAGCUACUGUUUAUAAUCCAAUUAUUUAUGUCUUUAUGAACAAACAGUUCAGGAAGUGUCUGGUUGAGAUGUUCAGCUGCAGUGUCACAGAGACUGCAGAGUCCAACAUGAACCCAACUUCAGAGAGAGCAAUGCUAACCCAGGACAAAAGAGGCAGUGAAUUGUCCAUCAUGGCAGUACGUAGCACCGUUUCUAAGAGGAAAACUGGAGAUGGAGAUGAACACAGAAAUUGCCCUUCUUUUGCUCAGUUGGCAGCUUCAGAAAACAAAAUCUGGCCCAUGUAGGGAGUGAGAUGUGAUCGUUAAUGCAGCACUACAGCAUAUUUCCUUGUUACCAUCACUUCAUAUAAAAAAAUGUCAUGGCAGACAUUAUGCUCAGUCCUGUUGUCACUGGCUUUGAGAUUCUGAGCUCCUGAGUGAAUGUAAGAGCUUCUUGGCUCUGCAGUUACAGUCAAACGCCCAGCCAAAAAGUUAGUCCCUUCCUCUGUUAUGUUAGUACUCUAUUAUCCACAGCCUGCUUGCCCCUGGUAAUAAAACGAGAGAAGCCCAAUAUUUUUAUGCUGGCAAGUGACACAAUACGGAUAAGAGAGUUUUACACUGAUGACUGCUCCUUGGUUAGCUAGGCAGAAACAUGAAGUGGUACAUGGCUUCAACAUGCUAAUGGAAAAUGAAUAAUAUUUAGCAUACAAUUGACUCAAGUUCAACCAAGUGGAGGUUCUGAGAGAGGCAAGCCUUUGUGUUUUUUGGUUUGUUUCAGAAUUUUUAUUAAACAAACAAA